AUGCGCUUCUCUAUAGCCUCGACGGCACUGGCCCUUGCCGGCGCAGCUCACGCCACUUACUGGACCUUCUCAGAUGCCUCUGUCUCCGUGGGUUCCAAGACGUCUGAAAAGACGGUUGAGACAUUCUCUGACACCGACCGGGUCAGGAGGACAGUCAGCUUCGGACACCAAGACACCCUCAAAGUAGCACUGACUACCAAGGAGGGAUCCAAGGCCAAGAGACCGCACCAGGCGUUCCUGGUUCUCAGGGAAGCUUCCGGGCUGGAGACGCCGUUUGCCCUGACCGUCAAGGAGUCGGGCAAGGGCGUGGUUCAAAUCAGCCACAAGGACCUCCCCGCGCAGCUCCUCACCGCGACCGCCCCCCUCGAAGCCAGCCUCGUCCUCGGCUCGACCGGCUCGACAAAGGGCUCCGUGACGCCCGCCUUCGACAUCGCCGUCAAGUUGGACCCCGGCCAUCCUACGCCCAGCCCCGACGCUCCCCUGCGGUACGGCAAGCUCGCCGAGAUCCAUCACAUCUUCCGCGCGGACCCCAAGAACCCGCCCAGGAUUGUGUCGCUCGUGUUUUCGCUUGCUGUCCUGGCCACGGUGCCCGCUCUGUUCAUUGGGUGGAUUGGUCUCGGCGGCAACUUUGGCCACGCCUCCAAGGCCAUUGGCAAUGCGCCGCUCUCGCACGCCCUCUUUUUCGGAUCCAUCAUCGCCAUGGAGGGAGUCUUCUUUUUGUACUAUAGCGCGUGGAACUUGUUCCAGACACUGCCGGUGAUGGGUGUCGUGGCGGUUGUUGCGUUCUUGAGCGGCACCAAGGCUCUUGGGGAGGUCCAGGCCCGACGACUGGCUGGAGAGAGGUAA